AUACCACUAAGUURUCCGUCUUUAAAACUCAGUGACACAACAAUUUAGAAAUCCUUGGAGGAUAGGCGAUACAGAUGAUAAGCCGCCAUCAAGACUAGUGCAUGACGUCAUUCCGUCAGUUAAAUAACGACAACUACAUAGAAAAGGCUUUAGUACAACGAAACACAACGUGUGGGCCGCAAAAUGAACAACAGCUCAGUGUCUGGUAUAGUGAAAGAGCCUUGCUCAAGCCAAACCGAAGRCUUCAAGAUCAUUUCAAUCGUGCUAUAUGGGUUUCUCUUCUUCUUCGCUCUUUUGGGAAACAUUUUGGUGAUUAUCGUGGUGUACAGAAAUAAAUCGCUCCGAAACUCGGCCAAUUAUUUCAUUGUCAACAUGGCGGUGUCAGAUCUUUUCAUUCCGAUCCUUGUGAUUCCUCGUAAACUGAAAGAAAUCACUACCAAUGAUUUUACUUGGGGGAUUUCUGGAUUAACAGGGGAAAUCCUGUGCAAGUUGGUGUACUUUCUUUCAGAUGUAACUCCCAUGGUGUCCGUUUUGAGUCUGAUUUUCAUCUCUUGUGACCGAUUCUACGCUGUGAUAUUUCCRRUGCGCAAAAGAACAUUUGUACCGCGAUGGGUGCUCAUAUCAUUAACUUGGUUGAUCAGUUUUGGGGUCCUUGCACCAUARUUCUACACGUUUCGACUYGACAAGCACUAUAAGAAGUAUUGUAUUAGUGUAUGGAGCCCYGCGUUUYACCAKGAGAAGGCUCAAAAAAKCUUCACGAUAUUUAUUAUCAUUGCUUUUAUUUUUGUGCCUUUUGUGAUUCUGACCUUCAUCUAUGCGGGUAUUUCCAAAGUUCUCAUCACUCAGAAGGUCAUUGGAGAUCGAUCCGAGGGUCGCGCACUAAGGGACCGUAAGAAAAGAACAGUAGUCAAGCUKGCUUUUACGAUAGUCCUUGCUUGUGCURUGUGRUAUGGRCCUUAUGGCGUUCUUUUGUUACUAAUCUCUUUCAAAUACGACUUCAGACCUCCUAUGGAUUGUGCCUGGGAUUUCUUUGUGCACUURAGUUUUUUCUUAGCCUARUCUAACUCRGCAGUCAAUCCAGCUAUCUACUUCCUGUACGUACAGAACUACAAAAAAGAACUUAAGCGUAUUKUAAGCUACAUGAGUCGGCCAUUCAAUGGAAACAGUGCGGCAGGAUCAGGGCCCCAGCAAAUGCAAAUGAUUGAGGUUUAAACUUUGCCUAAAACACUGAGGAKGAUMCAAAGGUCUGAUGAAUAACAAAGCUAUCCGUAUCAAAAGAAGAGAUAUCACUUGUAUUCAUUAUUGAUGUAUCUUCGAUUAAAAUUAUGUCACUUUUGCUAAUGGUGGAUGAGGAUAUUUUUACGCUCAUAAAUAAUUACCCAUCUUCAUGUCAGACGCUUCUUGCCCAGCGCAAAGAUAUACACAAUUUAUACUGAACCCUCGGCAGUGCGGAAACGUUAAAGACAUUUCAUCGAUAUUUUUGCAUGGCAAAUUACUUUAUAUUGCCUCUGUACUCAACUUGGAGACGAUAUACAUUAAGAAAAAAAGUGGCUUUGUAUGACAUAAGCAACACUUUGAGACUAAUUCAGUUGUGGUUAGUCUGGUUGAGUCAUAGUUCACAAAAAAUAAAGACAUUCAUUGUUGCAUAUGUAACGACAAAACAGUAUUUUCUAAAAGCUAAACUGACAACGACACUUAGCAGGUGUAAAAAAAUGUAAGAAUAAAAAAGUCGAGAAGCUUAAGGAAAAUAACUUAAAACACCUUGAUUAUGCAAGUAAUGACGCCCACUAUGUUUAAAGUAAGGAAACAACACCUACAAGAAACUCGAAGUAAAAUGCCAUCGGCGUUUUUGAAGGAGACGAGUUUUGUCAUGUUAUAUAAACGUUGUUGGUUGCCUAAAGCAACAAACAUAACGAAUGAUUGAUUAUCUAAUAUGGAAUGUAUGUAGCAAUGACAUAUAGUAAUCAUUCUUCUUCUUAUAACAAUUCGAGAAAUAAAGUUUGUUACUAUUGGGAGUUC